AUGGCCUCCAGCCAGUCAGCAGACAGACCAUCUACCUCCCAGUCCCAGGAGAUGGCCACCCAGUCAGCAGACGGACCCUCUACCUCCCAGUCCCAGGAGAUGGCCACCCAGUCAGCAGACGGACCAUCUACCUCCCAGUCCCAGGAGAUGGCCUCCAGCCAGUCAGCAGACGGACCCUCUACCUCCCAGUCCCAGGAGAUGGCCACCCAGUCAGCAGACGGACCCUCUACCUCCCAGUCCCAGGAGAUGGCCACCCAGUCAGCAGACGGACCCUCUACCUCCCAGUCCCAGGAGAUGGCCACCCAGUCAGCAGACAGACCAUCUACCUCCCAGUCCCAGGAGAUGGCCAGCCAGUCAGCAGACGGACCAUCUACCUCCCAGUCCCAGGAGAUGGCCAGCCAGUCAGCAGACGGACCCUCUACCUUCCAGUCCCAGGAGAUGGCCACCCAGUCAGCAGACAGACCAUCUACCUCCCAGUCCCAGGAGAUGGCCACCCAGUCAGCAGACAGACCAUCUACCUCCCAGUCCCAGGAAAUGGCCACCCAGUCAGCAGACGGACCCUCCACCAGGUCCUCCUCACACCUCUUCCCCAGCCAGCAGCAGCAGGAUGGGGAGGAUGAAGACCUGGACCAGGGAGACCCAGAGGACAAGGGCCAGAGCAGGCCAGAUCACUCCAGGGACAGAGCUCUAAACAUGGCUUCCCCUGCUGAGGCUGACUCCCUGGUGUGUGAGGGAGCAGUAGCCAGCCCUGUUCCUGAGAUGAGCAACGACAGCAGGGCCUGA